CUCUCUGCUAGCCUGGUGUAGUCAGAGGGAUGGGGGGUUAGAGCCUGCACCGUCCAACUACCUGUGUGGCCCCCGCAUGGAGGACAGUGGACAGUGAUGCGUUUGUUGCAGGACAUUUUACCCGAGACGCGAGUGUCUCCACGUUUUAUUGGACAUGCCGACGUUACGACAUUUUAUUGACAACAUAAACUAAGGCAUUGCAUGUGCCAACUCUUUUCUGUGAAUAUGCCUUUGUGAGAAACUCUCUGGCUCGUCACCCUCGCCGGGAUUCCCCGCAAUAUUUUCAACAAGAGACGAGGAACAAAAAAAAAUCAGCAAAAAUGGACAGAGACAGUGCUGGGACUCAAUAUGAGCCUGUGGCCGAGAUUGGAGAAGGAGCUUAUGGGAAAGUGUACAAAGCGAGAGAUUUGAAGAACGGGGGACGCUUUGUGGCGUUAAAAAGAGUUCGAGUCCAGACGGAGGAAGAGGGGAUGCCUCUCUCCACCAUCCGGGAGGUGGCGGUACUGAGGCAGCUUGAAGCCUUCGAGCACCCCAAUGUUGUCAGGUUGUUUGAUGUGUGCACAGUGUCUCGGACUGACCGAGAAACCAAACUCACUCUAGUCUUUGAGCACGUGGACCAGGACCUGACCACCUACUUGGAGAAAGCCCCUGAUCCCGGUGUACCACCUGAGACCAUCAAGGACAUGAUGUACCAGCUGCUCCAGGGGUUAGACUUCCUGCACUCGCACCGCGUCGUUCACCGUGACCUAAAGCCGCAAAACAUCCUGGUGACUAGCUCUGGACAGAUCAAACUGGCCGACUUUGGUUUAGCCCGCAUCUACAGCUUCCAGAUGGCGCUCACCUCUGUGGUGGUGACAUUGUGGUACAGGGCGCCCGAGGUGCUUCUCCAGUCCAGUUACGCCACACCAGUGGACCUGUGGAGCGUCGGCUGCAUCUUCGCCGAGAUGUUCAGGAGAAGGCCGCUAUUUCGAGGAAACUCAGAUGUUGAUCAGCUGGGAAAGAUUUUUGAUGUUGUCGGGGUACCCUCAGCAGAAGACUGGCCCCAGGAAGUGGCCCUACCACAGAGUGCCUUCACCCCUCGGCCCCCAAAGCCAAUAGAGGACUUAGUGCCAGACAUGGAUGAGCAGGGACGGGCCCUCUUAAUGCAAUUCCUCGCUUUCAACCCCUCCAGGAGGAUAUCAGCCUUCGCUGCGCUGAGCCAUCCGUACUUUCAAAGUGUGGAUAGCCUCAGUAGGAGUGUGUACGCGGCCCAACCAAUCCCAAGCAACAAGCCCACCAUGGAGGAGAGGAGUGCCUGAGAAUGCCCUGUGACCCUUAAUCAUUAAUACAGUGUCUAUGAAAAGUACUGAGUCAGCCACCUUGGAGUUUUCCAUGGGUUUUUAGUUUAAAUCCAUGUUCCAUUGAGCUUGUUUGACACUGAUGCACAGAUUUAACAUGAAAGUUUAACAUAUAAAAUUGAAAGGUCACAAAGUGAUUAAAAAAAAACUCAAGAUGAGGAGAGGCAGCAUGAACAUAUUCACUUUUAUCUGCAGCAGAUUUGCACAUUUGAUCCUACAGUUUUCCUUCAUUCUGCUGUUUAAAGCUCAGCUGUAUUGUAAGCUUCACUGAGCAGCAGUUCGCUCGGCGUCCCACCGUCAUUUCAUUGAAUAACGUCUAGAUUGUUCUUUGGCAAUUUGACAGUGAUAGGGUUGCAUUUGCUGCUGUGGAGAAGAUUUUCCUUGCAGACUUCUUUUGCAGUUUACAUUUACUUUACCCUUAAUCUUUGGUCUUUGGUUAAAAUGCUUGCUUUAGAAAGCAUUGUUGUAGCUUGGAAGGCUUUAUUUUGGCAUAAUAUCACCACAGAGUCUUCAUAUAACCCUGCAUGCUUGUAAAAAGAAAAACUACUGAAGUGUGAUAAUUAAUUUAAACACUUUAUUUCUGCUGAAGCUAGAAAUAUGCCCUUGUCAGCUCAGAAUCUCCUAUCUUAGAUAAGGAACUAUCAUCGCUAUAUCAUUAUUAAAGAUAGGUUGUGUUUUUUAACCAUCUCUGGCAUCCUUUGGCUUUUGCUAAGUAAAGAUAACCUCAUAAGUUUUUCUUUUAUCAUAACCUUAAACUUGCCAUUGUUUGGCCCUGCAGAGACAGGCACAAUUAACUGAAAACUCCAUUGUUAUUACACACAGAUGGCCACUAGUAACUAUUUGUGUCAAAAGCAGCUGGCCCAAACACUGACAAAUGAAGUCACAAUACAAAGGGAUCAUUAGCUGUCAUUUAGAUCCAUUCAUAAAAAAAUAUGGGACCAAUUUUUGUGUAGCCAGUGUCAAAAAAGCUCAAUCAGCUGUUUUUUGUGUGUGCAUAAACCAUGAAUUACAGCGAGGGGGCAAAUACUUUUUAUAGCCAUUGUGGAAAUCUUAAGCAACGAUAGAGAGGGUCAGGAUAGUGUCGCUCUCUCACUCCCCUGAAAAAUGCACAAAAGCCCUCCUUCCAUGAACUGAUGGAUUGUAAUUGCUGCUUUUAGGUUGUUAAAUGUUGACUGUAAACAAUGCAAAGAGACAUUGACUGCUAGAAGUGAGCAGGAGGCCAUGUGAUCAGUGUUCAGCCCUGCAGGAGUCCUCUCUGCAGAGGAACGGACCGCACAGGAGCCAGUGUAAACGUCAUGGAUGUCUUCUGAAUUUUAAGCAAACUGUGUGUGCAUGCAGUGAGCCAACAUGCAGAAGGAGCAUGCUCAGAUAUGUACAUGGCAUUUAGCAUGUGCAGCACCACUGUCAUAAGCACGCUUGUGUAUACUCACUGAAACAUUAGCGGGCAUCACAAACCAGCUGCUCACUGCCAAGUCAUGACUUAACAUUCCAGUUCUUCAUGUAUUUCAUUACUGCCACCUUGAGGAUGUCUUCAGUAACUGCAGACCAGUAGCGGGAUUCUAAUGGUUUCUGCACUCUUCAAGGAGCUUUUCCUAAAGGGCUGAUAUCAGUGCUGAGACAAUGAUGAAAGAACUUUUUAUAAAAGCGUUCCUGCCACUUAGUCAGCCUUUUUUUAACAUGCUUUUAGUCAGCCAUCACGGGCUGUUAUUGUUGUAGAAUACAAUUAUUAUUUACUAUCCUAGUGAUACAGUAAUGCACAGGUUUGCAAUAGGUGGACUAAGUCCAUCAGCACUAUUCCACAUAAAUACAUUGGGCACAGACUAGUGUCGCCAAUAUUGUAUAUUUAAUUUUAAUUUUAUUGACAAGUCUUAUAUGCUUGUCUUAAUCAAGUUGUUGCUUGAUUUUUUUUAUUUUGAAGAUGCUGGGGAAAACAAUGUUCUUACACCAAUUACACCGAGUGUAGAUGAUGCUAGAAUAUGUGUAAAAGUAGUUUGACAAAGAGAGGAAUGUAUAAAGGCUAGGCAUUGGUACUGUACAGUAUAGAGUAAUGAUUCAUGCAUCGUCAGCCCAUAGAAAUGUCGUAAAAAAGGGUAGAUGUAGCGUAGUGAGGGUCAGAGGAAUGUCGCAUGGCAAAGGUAUUUUGUCUUUUGGAGAUGUUGGGCGGCUUUGUGGGUGCUUGUUGGAUUUUAAUUUGUCGGAUUAAGAGUGACUACAGAUUUUACAGCAAUGCACAAAUAUUUUGUGUACAGUUUUUAAUGCUUUAUUUUACAAUCAUGUCCCGUCGUAUUUAGUCAUUACCCGGACAGAAAGAGCAAGUUAUGCAGAGCUGUAUUUUUGUAUCUUGUAGUUCUUGCAGAACAGUAACAUAUUUUAACACUGGUUUACGUCUUCUUUACAGGUAGUGCUGCUAGCACACACACAGACACACUCUUUGACUUUCUCAGGUUCUUUUUACAGACGCCCAAACUUCAGGGCACCAUUUGCACAUCUCUGGGCUACUAACUGACUACAUCACUACUCCUUUAGGUUUUUCUUUCAAGCUGUCCCAUGAUCAUAUCACUGAUCACAGUCUACUGCCAUUCCUGUUUAUCAACCGUAUGUUACUGUAGUCAUAACUGUCUAAAGAUAACUGCCUGUAUGAACUGUUUUUGCCAGCUUCUUUUAACGCAAGAUGGCGAACACGAUGUGGAUCAUG